AUGGCCCAGGUUCAGCUGCCAUGGGCUUUCGUUCUCGCGUUGGCCAGACUUACGUGGCGUCUGGACCGACGAGGUGUCUGGACCGACGAGUCUUCAAGGCACGAUGAGACCAAGACAAAGAACCCGACGAACGUCUGGACCCCGCCCAGAGCCGUGCCUGACUCGGUUCCAAUGAGCCUGGACUUGGAACUACACAAGCCUUCUCCAACCGGCCGAGUCUGGGAUCACCAGAAAAGCGCUCCCAACAAGCGACGCCGGUCACGCCAAUCAACGCUCUGCGUAUUCGGCAGCGGUCCGAUGCGCCGCGAAUCCAGUGGGUCUCCGCGCCCCGAUUGGCCCUGUGCGCUCGGCGUUCAAUGCCCGUUCAUUGGCGCUCUGGCCUUCACUUGCUCGGCAUUAUUGGCCAUUCGGUUGGUCCAGCGUUGCGCGAAGCACUUCGCAUGGGAGCUACCGAGCACUGCGAUAUCAGCAGCCAGAACGGAGGUGGUGGGUAACACCGUCGACGUGUUGAGCCAAACGGAGGACAUCGUAUUGAAGGAGCACAAUCACCAUGACCACGGCGACGAUGAUGCAGUGGCGCUUAUGGUGCUUAUUUACCUAAAAUUGACGGGUGGCAGCCGAGUGGAUGUCCACUGUGCUCCUCAGAACAGCGAAGGACGAGCAGCAUUACAACUAGACUUGGAAGGGGAAUGCCCAGGAUGGGAUGGUCGGAUAGGCUUCAGGCAUCUCGACGGUUUCGAGGUAACAUGA